GCAGGUUCUGCGCUAGCUGCCGAGCGGCACCGGGAGCCGGAGCGGAGUGAACGUGGGGCGGUAGCGGCCAGCGGAACAGCAAUGGAAGAAGACAGUGAAGAAAUGCAUCCAAUCAACCUUAAGAAGAUUUCCCAGUAGCCUCGUGUGCUUUAAUUUGCAUCUCACUAUCAUUGGCCAGAAUUUGUCAUGUGGUCAGAGUCAGCCGCAAUAAAAGCUGGGAAAUGUAUUUUUAAAACUAUGCUCAUUACCUCUAUUGUGAGAUGGGGACUGAAAACAAAGCGGUGAUUAAGGAAGAAAUUUUUGAAGAAUCUGAGCUGCAUGGGCCAACGUCAGAAAAACUUCCAAAAGUGGUUUACCAAGUUCGUGGGUUUGGAGCAGCUUGUGAAGAAGACAUAUUAGAGGGACAUUCGAGAGAGUCCUCAGAAGACAUUACACAACAGAUGUCUCCCCAGGAGAGAGAUUUUGCACCAGGGUUGAUAAUCUUUAAGAAAUCACCCUCAAGUGAGAAAGACCAACAGGAUAGUGAAAGUGAGAGAGGCUGCAGUCCUACUCCUAAUCUGGUGACACAUCAGGGAGAUGCUACAGCAGGGAGUGUCAGUACAUUUGCUACCUCUGGCCAGAAUUUUAUAGAGAAUUUAGAACCUAACAGAAUUCGGAGGACAUCUAUGGGGGAAAAGCCUCAUUCAUGUAAAGAAUGUGGGAAAGCCUUUAAUCAGAACUCACAUCUCAUCCAGCAUAUGAGAGUUCAUAGUGGAGAAAAACCCUUUGAAUGCAAAGAAUGUGGAAAGACAUUUGGAACUAACUCAAGCCUUCGAAGACACCUGAGGAUUCAUGCUGGAGAGAAACCCUUUGCUUGUAAUGAAUGUGGAAAGGCCUUCAUCCAGAGUUCACAUCUUAUCCACCAUCAUAGGAUUCACACCGGAGAGAGACCCUAUAAAUGUGAAGAAUGUGGUAAAGCCUUCAGUCAGAAUUCAGCCCUUAUUCUACAUCAGAGAAUCCACACUGGAGAGAAACCUUAUGAAUGUAAUGAGUGUGGGAAGACCUUUAGGGUUAGCUCACAGCUUAUUCAGCAUCAGAGAAUUCAUACUGAAGAAAGAUACCAUGAGUGCAACGAGUGUGGCAAAGCCUUCAAGCAUAGCUCAGGCCUUAUUAGACACCAGAAAAUUCAUACUGGAGAAAAACCCUAUCUGUGUAAUGAAUGUGGGAAGGGCUUUGGUCAGAGUUCUGAACUUAUUCGGCAUCAAAGAAUUCACACAGGAGACAAACCCUACGAAUGUAACGAAUGUGGGAAAACCUUUGGCCAGAACUCAGAGAUUAUUAGACACAUUAGAAUUCAUACUGGUGAGAAGCCCUAUGUAUGUAAAGAAUGUGGGAAGGCCUUUAGGGGGAAUUCAGAACUUCUUAGACAUGAGAGAAUUCACACUGGAGAGAAACCCUAUGAGUGUUUCGAGUGUGGGAAGGCCUUCAGGCGGACAUCUCACCUUAUUGUCCACCAGAGGAUCCAUACUGGAGAAAAACCCCAUCAAUGUAAUGAGUGUGCAAGAACCUUUUGGGAUAACUCUGAGCUGCUUCUCCACCAAAAAAUUCAUAUUGGAGAAAAGCCUUAUGAGUGUAGUGAGUGUGAGAAAACAUUCAGCCAGCACUCCCAACUUACCAUACAUCAGAGAAUUCACACUGGAGAGAAGCCUUAUGAGUGUCAAGAGUGUCAGAAGACCUUCAGUCGGAGCUCUCACCUCCUCCGACAUCAAAGCAUUCAUUGUAUGGAAUGACCUGCAAAAUAGAAAAACUUUUUUGGGAAAGGCUAACGUCAGACUUAUUUGUCAUAAUAUUCACACAUCCCAAAUUCUCAGAUGAAAUGAAAAGAAAGAACCUCUCUUAAUUUCAAUAGUUGGUUGAAAAAGGAUGAGGCACUUUUAUGAACUAUUCAUUGAGAAGUUUUAUGUACUGGGUUAAAUCAUAAAAGCUGUCUCAGGCCUUAAUUCUCAUUUGUCCCUUUUCCCUUCCCUUCUUUCCUUCUCCCCCAGUGGGUUAUAUAACAUUAGGGGUCUGUAUCUGCCAUCUGCCCUACAUGGUUGCUUUUCUAAAAAAUGGGGGAACAGGAUUCACCACCUCCUAAAAAUUACAGAGUUGACUCAUUGAAUUUACGCCAUGAAAAACAUGUUAGAAAGUYAUGACCUAGAUGACACAUCUCAUUCUUGUGUCCACUGUUUAGCCUUGGAAUAAUUUAGCAUGCUUCUAUUAAUAGCCUCAAAAUCUYCCAGCUAUGCUAUCAAGUUCCCUUAGAAGAUGGCAGCAUUAAUGAAAAAGCAGGAAGCUUGGGUCAUUUCACAUUUCCUGCUAGGUUUCCUCAUUCAUCUGAAGAGGGUAUCAUUGAAGGAGGAAACUGACAGUCCAUUUACAGAAUUGUAAGUGAAGGCCAUAGGAUCCAAAGGGACUGAUUAGGCAAGGCCACAGGAUAAACAGUUGAGGCCAGAAUACUCAGCAUGGGCAAAGGGUCUCCUUGGCAGCUAUCCCCACUUCAGGGCUGCUCAGACUGACUGCUACAAGAAUUCUGCUGCGUUUGCUUUUGGUCCCAGCUUCUGCUGCUGCUGCUGCUAAAUAAGGAAGUAUCAAAGAGAACUGUGUGGUUUCACAUCUACUAGUCAUCUGGCCACAGUAACGAGCUGGUUCACCUGACUAACCAGGCCUGGCUUUGCCAAAGCACGUUAACACUCAUAACCUGGAUCCCACUGCUGCUGGUUCUGAUGGGCUGAAAUAUGAUAGCUUCUUCUUGGUCUGAUGGUCUUGAAAUUUUCUGUUUUCAACAUCUUUACAUGUUUUUUGUAUUCUAUAUGUCAUUUCUUC